GGCAAAACCAGACCUUAUAUCCCAGCAGGGCAGCAGCAGGAGGAAAUCAGUGCCAGCUGACUCCGUGGGUUGCUGUCGGUGCUGCGGCAGGAGAAAGCAGCCAUGAGGACAGUCCUGGUCUUUGUCUGCCUGGUGGGGAUGGCGUGCGCCUUCUCGGUCAAGAGCUGGCUGCGGCGAGCCAAGCUGGAUGACUCGGAAGAAAAUGCGGUGUUCAAGAACAGGCACCGGCAUUACCUGUACAGAUACGUUUAUGUGUAUCCCCCUCAGCGACGGUACCAGGGCAGUGACUCAUCUGAGGAAGAGGGGGAUGGCUCGGAGGAGGAGGAGGAAGGGGGGGAGCCGUUUCAUGCUGGCACCAAGGCAGCUGGCCAUCCUGCUGGAGCAGCCCCUGAGGACUGCCAGGGUGGCCUGGGAGGAGAAGUCACAUCCCCCCAGCAGGGCAAGGGCUGCCAAGGGACCCUGAAGGGGGUCAGGCAUGGAACUGCCAGCAAGGGGGAAGACUCUGAAAAUGAAGACAGUGAUGAGAAUGAGGAGGAGGAAGAGGAGGAAGAAGAAGUAGACGAGAACGAGAAUGGCAUCAAUGGCACAAGCACCAACACCACUGAGGGGGCUGAUGGACCUCAUGGCAAUGGCACUGCAGAGGAAGAGGAGGAGGAGGAGGAAGAAGAAGAAGAAGAAGAAGAAGAAGAGGAGGAGGAGGAAACUGAAGCCACCACCAUCGCCAGCACCACCAAUGAAGAGGGGCUGACCCAGGCGACCACUAUGGGUGAUGGGGGACCCACAGAGGCCACCACAGAUGCCACCACAGUUGGGGAGCUGUGGGAGUACGAUGUGACGGUCAGGGACCACGGCCGGGGGGACGAGGGCACCACCGCGGGCGGGUAUGAGGAGCAGGACGAGUACGCCCGCGGGGACAGCUACCGGGCCUACGAGGAUGAGUACGGCUACUACAAAGGGCACGGCUACGACGUGUAUGGCCAGGAUUACUACUACAGCCAGUGAGCGGGUCAGGGGGCAGCCCUGGUGCUCCCCCACCUGCCCCAUCCCA